GGGUCGAGGGGAGCUGCGGCGGGCCGCAAGAAACAUGAGCUCAGGAGCAAAGAGAAGAGGAAGGCCCAACAGAGGAGGAGGAAGAGGGAGAGGAGGAGGAGGAGGAAAAGGCAGAGGAGGAGGUGGCAGCGGUGGAAGAGGAGGAGGCGGCAGUGGCCGUUCAAACAAGCCUCAGCUUGGUGGAAAUAGGAAAUGUUCAACCAGAAUUUGGGAUGAUGGAGAUGAUUUCUGUCUCUUUGAGGAACCGAGGCUGGAAACCAGAUCAAAUGUUUCUGCCAGAAGAGGAGGGCAGACGAAACAAAGGCCUGAAGCCAAAAUGCCUCUGCAGACCAUACAUAUGACAACAGAGAAUCAGAGAAGAGUGAAGGAACUUCUUCGAGAGCUUCAAGGGCAGGAUCUGGCUCCUGAAUCAGAAGUAGCUGGUUCUGGUGAAGAUGACGAUGAACCUGAUUACCUCGAUGAUGAACAGUGCUGGUCAGCAGAUCAGGAAGUCUCUGACAUGACACCAAGGUCUUCUGCUGAGGCAGCUGCCCACAAAAUUGUGGAAAGUGAAGUUUCUCCAUUUGCUGUGCAUAAACUCUCCAGGUAUGGUUUUGACAGUGAGCGUUGUAGGACUGUCCUGAGAUCCUGCAAUGGUAACAUUGGGGCAUCUUUGGAGCAUUUGCUAUUGCAGUGCUUUGCUGAGAGAUACGGAGAAAAGAUGCAGAUUUCUGCAACAGCUGCUCAGACCAGUCGAGAAGAAUGUUUAGAACAGAGGCAAGAAGAAGCUUUUGCCCUGCGGUCAAUCUACGGAGAAAAAUUUGUAGAAAGAAUUCAAAACAGAGUUUGGACGUUUAGUUUGGAACUGGAAUACCUAACAAACAGGCUCAGCAAAUCUAAACAAAAGGGUGGUUGUGCGAGGGACACAGCAACGCAGACUUCGAAAGAAAUCUGUAAAUUUUAUCUCCAAGGAGGCUGCAAAUUCGGUUCAAAAUGCAGAUUCAGACAUGAAUUCCCUCCAAACCACCCUCUGAGAUCAGCCAAGAACUCUGUAGAUGAUUCUCACCUCAGAUCUAACAGAGAUGGUCCCAUAUAUGAGCUUGAAGUAAGAUUUCCUGAAGAAAACAAGUAUCCACUCCAGGCACCUCUUGUGGCAUUUUACACCACCGAUGAGAAUCUACCUCUUGCCUGUCGUCUGCACAUUGCUGAAUUCCUUUUUGGAAAGGCUUUGAUAGCUGCAGAGUCUAAUGAACCGGUAGUGUACGCGUUAGUGACUUCCUUAGAAGAUGAAUCUGAAAUAGGCGAGUUACUUGAAAACACGCACCACAAAUACAGUGCUCCUCCUGCUUCCCAUCCGGCAGCACGUCCAGUAAAGCUGCAUCCAGAGCCUGCAGCUGGUUCAAAUCAAAUGUCAGAAGCCUCAGCGGUGUCAGAGCCUCCAGAGGAAGAGGUGGCAGAAGAAGAGGAGGAAGAUGAGCCCCAACAAGUCAUUGUGGAGAAUGAGAGUUAUGUGAACCUCAAGAAAAAGCUUUCUAGAAAGUAUGAUGUCCACUCCAAAUCUACAUAUAAUGAAAACGUUAAAAUCUGUAUGCAGUUUCGGCUGAAAAAGUCUUCUAGACGCUUCCAGUCCAUGUUGCAUGAAAGGCAGAAGCUCCCUGCAUGGCAAGAGAGAGAAACUAUUCUUGAUUUGCUGACAAGCCACCAAGUUCUUGUUGUGAGUGGCAUGACAGGGUGUGGGAAAACCACUCAGAUUCCUCAGUUUAUUUUGGAUGCCUCAUUGCAAGGUUCUCCAAACGCAGUUGCAAACAUCAUCUGUACUCAGCCUCGCAGGAUCUCUGCCAUUUCUGUGGCUGAGCGUGUAGCCAAAGAGAGAACAGAAAGGGUUGGAGUUACUGUUGGCUAUCAGAUCCGCCUAGAAAGUGUAAAGUCCUCAGCUACCAGACUGCUGUAUUGCACCACUGGUGUGCUGCUGAGAAGGCUUGAAGGUGAUCUGACUUUACAGGGAAUUACACACGUUAUUGUUGAUGAGGUCCAUGAAAGAACAGAAGAAAGUGACUUCUUGCUGCUGGUUUUGAAGGAUAUAAUGGUUCAGAGGCCAGACCUGCGCAUCAUCCUAAUGAGCGCCACCUUGAAUGCAGAGCUUUUUUCUCAGUACUUUCACUCCUGUCCAAUUAUUAACAUACCAGGUCGAACGUUUCCUGUAGAUCAGUUUUUCCUGGAAGAUGUGAUUGCAAUGACAAGGUAUGUUUUGGAGGACAGCAGUCCCUACAGGCGCAAGACAAAGCAAGAAAACAAAGUGACUGCAAGACACAAAAGAACUGCAUUUGAAGAAGUGGAGGAGGACCUGAGGCAUGCUGGCUUGCUGGAAGACACUGACACAGCUGUCAAGGAUUCAGACCCAGAUCAAAAAUUAACUCUGAAGCAGCUACUUAAACGAUACAAAGGGGUUAACAAGACAGUGUUGAAAACAAUGUCUGUCAUGGACUUGGACAAAGUUAAUCUGGAAUUAAUUGAAGCCUUGCUGGAGUGGAUAGUUGAUGGCAAACAUUCAUACCCCCCAGGUGCUGUGUUGAUAUUUUUGCCUGGUCUAGCAGAAAUCAAGAUGCUUUAUGAGCAGCUCCAGUCUAACGCCCUUUUUAAUAACAGGCACAGCAAGAGGUGCGUUGUUUAUCCACUUCAUUCUUCACUGUCCAGUGAAGAACAGCAGUCUGUGUUCCUCCGGCCUCCUGCAGGAGUUAUCAAAAUCAUCAUCUCCACCAACAUUGCAGAAACAUCUGUCACCAUUGAUGAUGUGGUCUAUGUGAUUGAUUCCGGAAAAAUGAAAGAGAAAAGAUAUGACCCGAGCAAAGGAAUGGAAAGUCUGGAAGACACGUUUGUGUCCAGGGCCAAUGCUCUGCAAAGAAAAGGACGAGCAGGCCGUGUAGCCUCAGGUGUCUGCUUCCAUCUUUUCAGUAGCCAUCACUAUAACCAUCAGCUCAUAAAACAGCAGUUACCAGAAAUACAAAGAGUGCCCUUGGAGCAGCUUUGUCUAAGAAUUAAGAUUCUGGAGAUGUUUUCUGCACAGAGCCUUCAUUCUGUCUUAUCGCGACUCAUUGAGCCCCCUAGAACUGAAUCUUUGCGGGCAUCAAAGCUGCGUCUACAAGACUUAGGAGCAUUAACUGCAGAUGAAAAGCUCACUCCUCUGGGAUAUCACUUGGCUUCCCUGCCUGUUGAUGUCAGGAUUGGCAAACUAAUGCUGUUUGGCACCAUCUUCCGCUGCCUGGAUCCUGCACUCACAAUAGCAGCCAGUCUGGCUUUUAAGUCACCCUUUGUGUCCCCAUGGGAUAAAAGGGAAGAAGCAAACAAAAAGAAGUUGGACUUCGCAGUAGGGAACAGCGACUAUCUGGCUCUUCUCCAGGCAUAUAAGGGAUGGCGUUUAAGUACCAAAGAGGGCUCUCAGGCAAGCUACAACUAUUGCAGGGAGAACUUCUUAUCGGGAAGAGUUCUGCAGGAAAUUGCCAGUCUGAAAAGACAGUUCACGGAGCUGCUUUCCGACAUCGGGUUUGUGAAGGAGGGGUUAAGAGCCAGGGACAUUGAGAGGAAGUGGUCCCAGGGAGGCGAUGGUGUCUUGGAUGCCACAGGAGAAGAGGCAAAUUCAAAUGCGGAGAACUUCAAGCUGAUCUCAGCUAUGCUGUGUGCUGCGCUGUAUCCCAACGUUGUCCAGGUGAAAAAGCCAGAGGGCAAAUAUCAGAAGACCAGCACAGGAGCUGUCAAAAUGCAGCCAAAAGCGGAAGAGCUGAAGUUUGUCACAAAAAAUGAUGGUUAUGUUCACAUUCACCCUUCAUCUGUGAAUUAUCAGACCAGGCACUUUGAGAGCCCCUACCUGGUGUACCACGAGAAGAUUAAGACCAGCCGCGUGUUCAUUCGAGACUGCAGCAUGGUGUCAGUGUACCCGCUGGUCCUGCUGGGAGGCGGGCAGGUUCACAUGCAGCUGCAGAAGGGCGAGUUUGUCAUUUCCCUCGAUGACGGGUGGAUACGGUUUGUGGCAGCCUCUCACCAGGUGGCUGAGCUGGUGAAAGAGCUGCGCUGUGAACUCGACCAGUUGCUGCAGGAUAAAAUCAAGAAUCCCAGCAUGGAUUUAUGCAUGUGCCCCCGCGGGUCUCGGAUCAUUGGUAUGAUUGUAAAGCUUGUGACCACGCAGUAAUGCGGGAAUGGCUUUCUGUAAAGACGCAGCCUGCGUCGUUAGAGCCUGACAAUAGACUGGGUAACAUCAGUGUCUUCAUGUAUUUGUUAUCUCAGAAUAUGGUGCUGAUCUCUGGAAGAGCAAGUUGGCAGUGAUGGUAUUGGCUGGAGUGGGUUUUUAUUCUGACAGUUUGCAGAGAGCUGGCCUGCUGAUAACAGCACGCCUUGCAGUAGGAAACAGGAAUAUGGCAAAAUUUGCAGGAGGAACAGAAACCAAGUAGAAGAGCACAUCUUUCUGUGAAACCGUACGUUGGCAGUAAGGGGUUUUGGUCUCAAAACUGCUCCACAGCUGCUGCUUUCAAUAAUAAUGUCUGAAAGCAUCUGUUCUUAGAAUUGAGUUUAAACCAAUUUAUGUUUUGAGUGAGAGUUCGCUGAGGCAGUUGGUCUUGUCUGAGCAGGAAAGGAUUUGCUUAGACUUUAACCCAAAGCCCUUAAAAAGGGAGACUCGUUGAUCCAGUUCUGGAUCAGCACAGAAUGCUGUGGCUUAAAUGUAUUACUGCAGGAAGAAGUGGGUACUUUCCCUGAAAGAAGGGCUUUUCAGAUCUCCUGAACUGUGGAAUGCAGCAGAGGGAGGGACUGCUGUAGCUCCCUAGAAAUUCCUGUGCUGGGUUCGCGUACUGCUGCUUGUUAAAUGCACUGCUAACAGACAAGUGUGAAGACUGCAAUAAUAAUGAAAUAGUACUACUUCCUUUGUCACGCUGCUGGUUUGUGAUGUUUAGGGUUACAGCACCUAAACUGCUUGAUGUAGUGGCAGCUGCAAACAGUGGUAGCUGACUGCUGUCAGCUGUAGUAGAAAAACAGAACAAACACCAUCUCGACAACCAGAUGUGCCUACAAGUAGCCUUCAAGCUGAGCAACGAGCAUAGAGGCAGGCAUUUCUCAAGAGUUAAGUAUGUGUAGAAGCACUGAGGAAGAAAAAGGGCAUAAGGCCGUACCAAGGCUGACUACUGCUACAGUAGGACAGGCUCUGCACUAUGCUGAGUUGCAGAAGACUCUCCUGUACCCCCCCCCCCCACACCUUGUUGAUGUCAGCAAGAGAACACGUCAACAGCAGCACCAUAUUCUGUAGCUGUGUACCUGGAUGCUGCUGCUUGGUUUUUCUGAGGUCUGGCAAAGAGCUGCUUAAAGCCAGCUACUCUUAAGGGAAUUUUAUAGCACUUCAGAGGAAUUCUCAGUGUGUUGGCUGCACACUGUCUUGACAUUAGCUGUAUGAGGUGGCACCACCAAAGUGACGCUGCUUCUGUGUACAGCUGGCAGUCACUCCUUUUCAGGGUCAACAAUCAGCAGCUCCAUGCAGGUUGGCUGCAGAGUGCAAUAGGAACGGAUCCCAUUUCUCACUUUGGACUUUUGUACACUUUCAAAAUGACAUCCCUCUUCAAUAAAAGGAUUUUGCAACCAUCAA